CCGAAUCGUUGGUUGAGUCGGGACGCGACGAGGAGUCACCAUAUGUUACCUAUUAACGCACUCCCCCUCCCUCUCACCCUGCUCCACUCUUUACUCUCGCUCUCUCUGCGGCUAGAGUGGUCGAGCGAGCAUGGGCAGGCACGCCGCCCUCGCCGUCGCCCUCGUCUGCCUUCAUCUCUCCUCCGCCGUCGCACCGUCGCCGGCUGCAUCCCCCGCCGCCGUCGCCGUCCCUCCCGUUUCCUCUGCUGCUGCCGCUCCCACCAAACAUACUGUUCCCGCCCCAACCAGACUCGCUGCCCCCGUCCCCGCCGCUCCUCCCACCAAACGCAGCACCCUCUCCCCCGCCUCUUCCCCCACUAAGUCCUCCGCCCACCUCUACCCCGCCGCUGCCCCCGCCAGAUCUACCGCCACCGCCCCACCCCCCGCCGCCCAACCACCCACCAAGUCCACCAGACACAUCACCUCUCCUCCCGCCUCCGCACCCAUCUCCUCCCAUGUGACCGCCUCUCCUCCCACCUCCGCACCCAUCUCCUCCCAUGUGACCGCCUCCCCUCCCACCUCCGCACCCGUCUCCUCCCAUGUGACCGCCUCCCCUCCAACCUCCGCACCCGUCUCCUCCCCUGUGAUCGCUGUUCCUCCCACCUCCGCACCCGUCUCCUCUCAUGUGACCGUUACCCCUCCCACCUCCGCACCCGUCUCCUCCCCUGUUCUCGCCGUCCCUCCCACCUCCGCACCCGUCCACUCCCCUGCGACCGCAGCCCCUCCCACCACCGCACCCGUCUCCUCAUCACCGAGAGCUGCCCCUCCCACCUUCGUACCCGUCUCCUCACCACCGACGGCUGCCCCUCCCACCUCCGCACCCAUCUCCUCCCAUGUGACCGCUCCCCUUGCCUCGUCCCCGACUGUGCCGCCCCCGGCUCCCUCGACUGCUCCGCCCACGCCGGUCCCCGCCAGCCCUCCACCGAGCAUUCCACCCACAUUGCCUUCCCCGGCCCCGGCCCCGGUCCGUGCUGCCGCCCCUGCGCCGGCCGCAGCCCCUCCGAAGCUCGCCGAGGUUCCAGCUCCAGCGCCGUCUAAACCGAAGAAGGGCGCCCCUGCCUCUUCGCCGGCCGCCGUCAUCCCGCCGUCAAGUACCGCAGCAUCCCCGGCCAACGAGGCCGCAUCGCCCGGCCCCAGUGGAGCCGAAGAGACGAGCGGAGCAGGGAGUGCGAGGAAGAUGAUGAACAGUUUGGGGGUGGCGCUGCUAUCCAUCGGCAUGUUGGUCGUCUAGACCGCAUAGCAUAUGUUGUUGUUGGGUAUGAUGAUAUAUUAUUGCAUGUUCAAUAAUCUGCUACCGUUGAUGUCUCAUCCAACUAUCCGUCUCUCCUUUAUUUUGCCUGCCUUCCUUCCUUCCUUCCUUUUAAUCUUUAUUAUAAAAGCAAUGUUUGGUGGCUUGGCGUAGGAAGGCAGGUUUGAUUCUUUGCUGUGGGUGUGAGUGGAGGGGACUGUGUUGUUGUUGUUGGAGGCUGUUUUGCUUCAGGUUGUGAGUUGUGGGUCUACUUGUAUCUGAUUCCGUCUUGUUGACUCUUUCUGUGCAGUGUUGGAAUAAUCACAGUUGACUACUGUCA